UAUCUUUUACCUCAAUAACCUCCUUAAGGCUCCAUAUAAUCGAAUUGAAAGUCACAUCAUAAUUUUCCUCUUCUUAUACGGAUAAUAUGAUCUGACAUUAACCCGACCCGUUCCCACUCCCUCCCCACCACCCAAUGACUCGGCAAGAAGCAAUUUUUAUGGCGCGUGUUUUUGUUUAGUUUAAAUUUCUUUCUUUAAAAUAGUUUUGAAUAGCGUUUGGUCCUCAUAUAAGAUGAACUUUUGACCGUUGGUUUCUUUCUUCAUCCAUCUUCUCACCUUUGAUUGAAAUUAUGGGUUACGAGUGCUUUUUAGCGUCUCCAUUCUGUAUGAUGCACACUACUUGUUCGACGAAAUGCUUCAACGAACAGCUAACAACUUUGGACCUAUUGGAUGCUGUUGAGAUCUAACUGUUUGAUUUUGAUUUUGAUUUUUUUUUGGGACAAAUGUGGUCCUUCUUGAAUCGGCAAGGAAUAAUAAAAUUCGCAGCUUAUCUUUUUGGCCCAUCAACAUUGAGAACAGGGAAGUGUUUUCGAGUUUCAAGAUCGUAUAUGUCAAGCUUCCUUCCUGAAGAACUUGAGAACAAUAAUGAGAGCAAGAGCACAACAACAAUGUCUCUAGCGAAGAGCUUGGCUUGCCUUCCCGAUGAAGCCUUGGUCCCUAAUAAGCAUAGAGACCGAACCCGUGUAGAAAUGAAGAGAUUGAUCGAGCUUCGAAUUAAGAAGAGGGUAAAAUCCCAGUAUUCAAACGGAAAAUUUUAUAAUCUUAUGGAGAAAGUCAUUGCCAAGGCUGACACUCUCCAAGAUUCUUAUGAUAUAAUCCGCCUCAAUUCUAAUGUUGAAUUGGAAAUGCAUAGAGAUGAGAUAUGCUUCAAUUCAAUGGCACAACAGCUUGCAAGUGGGGGUUUUGAUGUUCAAGGGAAUGUUCUGGAAAUCGGUGUGAAGUGCGGAAUGAGAGAGUCGUUGAUUCUUCCUAGGCUAAAGUUGAGAGUUAUUCAAGAAGCGAUUAGGGUAGUUCUGGAGAUUAUUUAUAGGCCACAUUUCUCUAAGAUUUCACAUGGGUGUCGAAGUGGAAGAGGUCAUCGGUCAGCUCUGAAUUCUAUAUGCAAAGAGCUCCAGAAGUCGGAUUGGUGGUUCACUCUACACCCGAACAAAGAAAUAGAUGAUAGUGUUCUCUCCAAGUUAAUAUUGCUCAUGGAGGAAAAACUCAAAGAUGAUCAAUUGACUGGAUUUGUACGUCGCAUGUUUGAUGCUAAAGUUCUAAACUUGGUGUUUGGUGAUUUUCCAAAAGGUCAUGGGCUUCCUCAAGAAGGAGCCCUUUCGCCUAUUUUGAUGAAUAUUUAUCUCGAUAGCUUUGAUUGUCAAGUGUUCCAAAUGUCCAUGAGAUAUGAAAGUCUUGGUCCUGAAUCUGGCGCCAAUAAAGAUAGCACAAGCUCAAAAUUACGCAAUUGGGUUCGAAGACAGAUAAAACACAAUAAUGUGCAAUCAGAAUAUUUUGAAGCAGUAAGGAUAUAUGUUUGUCGAUUCAUGGAUGAGAUAUUUGUAUCAGUUUCAGGUUCCAAAGAUGUUGCCCUUAAUAUAAAGCUUGAGAUGGUUAAUUACCUAAAGAACUCAUUAUAUCUAGAUGUAGAAAACAGAGAGGACAUAUCAAAAGUUAGAGAUAAUCUUCGAGGAGUGCAGUUUCUUGGAUCAGUUCUUCGGGUUAUACGUAAAGAGAAUGAUGCAGUUAGAGCUGUGCACAAAUUGAAGGACAAGGUGAGGCUUUUCGCUUCUCAAAAGCGAGAGAUUUGGGAUUCAUUGAAUGUUAGGAUUGGUAGAAAAUGGCUAGCACAUGGAUUGAGGAGAAUUAAAGAAUCGGAGAUUAAGGCACUUAAUCUUAGCACUCCGCAAUUGGAUCAUAUCUCUCAAUUUCGUAAAGAUGGCAUGAAAACCGAUCAUUGGUUCAAGUCAUUAAUCAAGAUUUGGAUGCAAGAUGUGAAAGCUGACGGUGAAGCUAAUGAGGAGGUAGUCCUUUCUAAAUACAUUGCUGAGCCUUCAUUACCACAAGAUUUGAGAGAAUCUUUCUAUAAUUUCCAGAAUCAAGUUGAAAACUAUGUCUCAACAGAGACAGCUUCAACUCUUGCCUUACUACCUGCAGAGAUUGAAACAGAAACAAUGGUUACUAGAAGGGAGGCACCGAUUAGUUAUAUAACAAAAAGCCUUCAUCGUUAUGGACUUGUCACUAUUGAAGGAUACCCAAGGUAUAUUUCUGCUUUAAUACUAAAAGAUGACAAUCUAAUCAUAAGUUGGUACUCAGGACUUGUUUAUAGAUGGCUUAAAUGGUACAAUGAGUUUGAUAAUUUUGAAGACAUUAAGCUCCUUAUAGUUGAGUGUGUCAGGAAAUCAUGUAUUAAAACUUUGGCAGCUAAAUUUCGGAUUCAUGAGAGUUUGAUAGAGAGGAAAUUCGAAUCAGAGAUUAGUGAAAUUCCUAUGACACAAGAUAUUGAGACCAAUGUGACAGGAAAAGAUGAAGAAGAUGAAGAUGAGGGUUUGAUGUAUGGGAUUUCUCAUUCUGGGCUUUGUUUGUUAACGCUGUCGAGAGUUAGGGUGCCAAUGAGGAUGAAUUGUUUUGUGAUGGGCUGUAAUGUUGAAUCGCCGAGUAUGUAUAUAAUUCAUGUGAAGGAGAGGCAAAGAUUUCCAGGAUGGAGUACAGGGUUCUCUAGUUCGAUACACCCAAGCUUGAAUGCAAGAAGAAUUGGUAUUUGUAACCAGCAUGUUAAGGAUUUAUAUCUGGGUCAUAUAUCUCUCCAAUCUAUAGAGUUUGGAGUUUUGAGCAGGUAGCACCUUCAGGCUUCGAGAUAUUUCAGCUUUCACAAGGCAUAUACUUAUGAUUGCUGUGGCCUGAUAAUUCUUAGUCAAUACCAGCAUCUGUUAUAUCAGUAAUUAGAGGUAUUUAUUUCAGAUUUCAUUAUUUUCUGUAAUAUCAUUUUUUUCAGCAUCCAUAAUUUAAUUUUCAAUUUUCAGUGACAUUAUGACCAUAUUGUAAGUGACUACCUAAUCUUUAUAAUAUAU